UUCACAAGCUUAAUGAAGCCAUAAAUUUGGAGGGACAGUUGGCUCAAACGACAGUUGCUGUGUGGUCGACUUUGAUUGAAGCUUUUGUAGACGACGACACAGAAAAAAUCAGCACACACUUCCAACACUUAAUCACAACUCUGAAUUAUUAAUCAAACAGAUAUGGGGUACUGGAAAUCCAAGGUUCUGCCAAAAAUCAAGAAGGUUUUCGAGAAAAAUGGAACCAAGAAAGCCGCUGCAGCUGAAGCCUGCAAAUCCUUUGAUGAUUCAAAGGAAGACAUCAAUAAGGAGUUUGAAGAGAAGAAGACUGAGCUCCAACCUAAAGUGAUUGAAAUCUAUGAAGCUUCUUCGACCGAAAUCAAGACUCUAGUUAAGGAACCAAAGGAAGCAGGCUUAAAGAAGCACUCCACUCUAGCGCACAAGUUUCUUGAAGAGCUAGCAAAAAUUGAGUUUCCGGGAUCGAAACCAGUGGUGGAAGCAUCAUCGAAGUACGGAGCAGCCCUAGUUCCGGGGCCGGUGUUCUUCGUGUUCGAGAAAGUUUCGACGUUUAUUGUUACAGAAGAGAAAACAGUAGAGCCAGCAGAAGCACAAACAAAGCCUCGAGAAGGUGAAGAAACAAGCGGCGUUAAAGAGAAAGAGAUAGUUGUUGAAGAAAAGAAGAAAGAAGAAGAAGUUGUAGCUAUUGAAGAGAAAAGUACAGUAACUGAACCUGAAAAGGAAGGAACUGAGCCACCAAAACCUUGAUAACAUGAAGAAGAAGAAGAACAAGACGCAGCAG